AUGGUCGUCACAAACGACAUGCUCAAGAGAGAGGAGAACUGCAUAGGUAUUACUGCGGAGAGGAAAUACUACCAUGUGGAUAACGCAUUUAUCAAGCGGUCGCUACGUCCUCACGAAUGGCAGCUGAGCAAAUUCAAAGGCACCAUCCAUGUCCCAAGGCAAAGCAAAGAACGACUCCUCAACGAAGCCGCAUGUCUAAGAUUUAUUCGAGACAAUUCGGAUAUUCCGGUUCCAACCCUUCACUGCACCUUCGAAGAUGACGGCGCGGUAUAUCUCGUAAUGGAAUAUGUUCGCGGCGUUGGAAUGGACGCCCUCGACGAAAGUCAGAGGGCCACCGUGGUGCAAGAGCUGGAAGGCCAUCUUCAAACCUUGCGCGGACUACAAUCUUCGAGGAUAGGCGGACCGUCUGGCCAUGUUGUUCUCCCUUAUCGAGCAUCUCGAAUAACAUUUCGAGAUGAUUGGAAUCUCCAAAGCUCUGAGACGGACGAAUUUGUCUUUUGCCACAACGACCUCUCCCAGAAGAACGUCAUUGUCGACCCAGAUUCACUCAAGAUCGCGGCCAUCAUUGACUGGGAGUAUGCCGGAUUUUACCCAGAGUUUUUCGAGCGCCGUUUCUUCGAACGGCACGGCCCUUCCUCUGUAAUUGAUGGCGAAGAGGAUGAUUCACAAAAACUGGUUGAUUUCGUGCAGUCCAAGCAGUUGCCAACAUAG